CUGAAAACGGCUCUGGGCGCGGCGGCGGCUGCUAGGGCCUGCCGCAGUCGCGGCAACUAAAAAAGGGCGGGGAUUCCCCGCAGGGCAGGGAGGGGCGGAGCGCUCUAUCAGCCCUCCCGGUCGCCCGACUGCGCAUGGCACGUUGCGUACUCCCCUCCCAGCAACCGACCUGGCGGCGGCGCGGCAGCAAAACUGAGGAGGCGGAGCCAAGACGGUCCGGGCUGCUUGCUAACUCCAGAAACAGGUUUAAGUUUUUGAAACUGAAGUAGGUCUACACAGUAGGAACUCAUGUCGUUUCUUGUAAGUAAACCAGAGCGAAUCAGGCGGUGGGUCUCGGAAAAGUUCAUUGUUGAGGGCUUAAGAGAUUUGGAACUGUUUGGAGAACAGCCUCCGGGUGACACUCGGAGAAAAACCAAUGAUGCGAGCUCAGAGUCAAUAGCAUCCUUCUCUAAACAGGAGGUCAUGAGUAGCUUUCUGCCAGAGGGAGGGUGUUACGAGCUGCUCACUGUGAUAGGCAAAGGAUUUGAGGACCUGAUGACUGUGAAUCUAGCAAGGUACAAACCAACAGGAGAGUAUGUGACUGUACGGAGGAUUAACCUAGAAGCUUGUUCCAAUGAGAUGGUAACAUUCUUGCAGGGCGAGCUGCAUGUCUCCAAACUCUUCAACCAUCCCAAUAUCGUGCCAUAUCGAGCCACUUUUAUUGCAGACAAUGAGCUGUGGGUUGUCACAUCAUUCAUGGCAUACGGUUCUGCAAAAGAUCUCAUCUGUACACACUUCAUGGAUGGCAUGAAUGAGCUGGCGAUCGCUUACAUCCUGCAGGGGGUGCUGAAGGCCCUCGACUACAUCCACCACAUGGGAUAUGUACACAGGAGUGUCAAAGCCAGCCACAUCCUGAUCUCUGUGGAUGGGAAGGUCUACCUGUCUGGUUUGCGCAGCAACCUCAGCAUGAUAAGCCACGGGCAGCGGCAGCGAGUGGUCCACGAUUUUCCCAAGUACAGCAUCAAGGUUCUGCCGUGGCUCAGCCCCGAGGUCCUCCAACAGAAUCUCCAGGGUUAUGAUGCCAAGUCUGACAUCUACAGUGUGGGAAUCACAGCCUGUGAACUGGCCAACGGCCACGUCCCCUUUAAGGAUAUGCCUGCCACCCAGAUGCUGCUAGAGAAACUGAAUGGCACAGUGCCCUGCCUGUUGGAUACCAGCACCAUCCCCGCUGAGGAGCUGACCAUGAGCCCUUCGCGCUCAGUGGCCAACUCUGGCCUGAGUGACAGCCUGACCACCAGCACCCCCCGGCCCUCCAACGGCGACUCGCCUUCCCACCCCUACCACCGAACCUUCUCCCCCCACUUCCACCACUUUGUGGAGCAGUGCCUUCAGCGCAACCCGGAUGCCAGGCCCAGUGCCAGCACCCUCCUGAACCACUCUUUCUUCAAGCAGAGUUGGCUCCGACAGCCCGUCUGCCACCAGGCCAUGGUUCCUUGCCCUAUGGUGUCCUGGGACCCAGAGCAACAGGAUCUGUCACCCACCUCUCUCUUCUCCCCCAGAUCAAGCGACGUGCCUCAGAGGCUUUGCCCGAAUUGCUUCGUCCUGUCACCCCCAUCACCAAUUUUGAGGGCAGCCAGUCUCAGGAUCACAGUGGAAUCUUUGGCCUGGUAACAAACCUGGAAGAGCUGGAGGUGGACGAUUGGGAGUUCUGAGCCUCUGCAAACUGCGCAUUCUCCAGCCAGGGACGCAGAGGCCACCCAGUGGCCCUUCCUGAGGGCCGGCCACAUUCCCGCCCUCCUGGGCAGAUUGGGUAGAAAGGACAUUCUUCCAGGAAAGUUGACUGCUGACUGAUUGGGAAAGAAAAUCCUGGAGAGACACUUCACUGCUCCAAGGCUUUUGAGACACAAGGGAAUCUCAACAACCAGGGAUCAGGAGGGUCCAAAGCCGACAUUCCCAGUCCUGUGAGCUCAGGUGACCUCCUCCGCAGAAGGAAGAGAUGCUGCUCUGGCCCUGGGAGCUGAAUUCCAAGCCCAGGGUUUGACUCCUUAACCCCGAGGACCGCCACCUCUUCCCAGUGCUUGCGACCAGCCUCAUUCUAUUUAACUUUGCUCUCAGAUCCUAUAGGUCAGUGAAAGGGCAAGUAGUAAGCUGCCUGCCUCCCUUCCCUCAGACUUCUCCCUCAUAAUUCCAGAGAAGGGCAUUUCUGUCUUUUUUAAGCACAGACUAAGGCUGGAACAGUCCAUCCUUAUCCCCUUCUGGCUUGGGCCCUGACACCUAAGUCUUUCCCACGGUUUAUGUGUGUGCCUCAUUCCUUUCCCACCAAGAAUCCAUCUUAGCGCCUGUUGCCAGCUGCCCUGGUGCUUUCUCCAAGGGCCAUCAGUGUCUUGCCUAGCUUGAGGGCUUAAGUCCUUAUGCUGUGUUAGUUUUGUUGUCAGAACAAAUUAAAAUUUCCAGAGACA